AUGGUUUGGAUGAGAACAGCUGCUUUAGCUAACUUUAGAAAAUUAUGGGGAAUUAUAAAUGAAGACUUGGAUGAAGGAACAUACAAAUUAGAAAUUAUGAAUUAUUAUUCUGUAGAUAGUUUUAAUGGUAAAAAAUAUUUUGUUUUAUCAACUGCUAAUGCUUUUGGAGGAAAAAAUGAUUUUUUAGGUAUAAGUUAUAUUGUUAUGGGAGUUAUUACUCUAUUGAUUUUUUUUUUAUUUUUAAUAAAAAAAUUCUAAUUGGAUAAAAAAUAAAAAUAAAAAAAUAAGAAUAUGUGA